AAUAACAGGAAUGACGACGGGAAGCACCUAUUUCUCGUCUGAUUAUAUGGCCUAUCAAAACGACGUAUCUUGGGAUAGAUGCAUCAACAGAAAAAGUGAAUCUGAUGCAAAUAUACUAAUUGAAAGGGAUAUUUUACCUACUAAAAAUGAACUAAACAUGGCUUUUCGUGUAUUUGGGACCAAUUCAAGAAUCAUUUCAAGUAUUUGCUCUUCGAUACGCCACCAUAUGAAGAAGGAUUUGAAAAAAGGCAUCGACAUUUUGCCAUCGUACCAAGCAGACUCUGAGUCUGUUGUGUUUUUAAUUAUUAUAAAAAGGGUUUCUUCCUUUCCCAUUUUCAAAGAUUAUGAUUAUUUUAUGAAAUGUGCAAACCAAUACAGUCCUGAGGGAGACAUUGUUGCUAAAUGUGAAAUAAAAGAUAGAACGAUGAAUCAUUGUGACGAUGACAUUUUUGAACAGCUUAGAAAAUGCAUAAACGAGAAUGCUGACGAUCUCUUUAAAAUGCAUAGUAAUCUUAAUGUGAUAUUACCUAGCUCGAAAAAGUCAGUUGGAUACAGAUCAGGUCAACAUAAAAUUUUAGAAAAACCUUGUAUAGCUCUUUAUGUGUCAGUAAAGGGUUAUAUACCUCUAAACGAGACACCCUUUCAAACGAUGAUUGAUUGUUUCCAAACAGAUGUUUUGGAAGGAGAAUUCGAACCAUAUAUGCAAGGGCCAAACGAGUACCAUGAAGAUCUUAAAAUUGGUCUAGCAAUACAUGCUAAUGUUUUGAAAGGAGAUGAUAUUUUAGGAGGUACUCUUGGGGGAUUUAUUGACCAUUCAACGUAUGGAUUAUGUGGAAUAACAAGUGCACACGUUGUCUAUAGUGAUGCUGAAAUGACUGAAGUUAUAGACAAAAAACAAUUACGUUUGAGAAAGACAGUUUAUCAGCCUAUUGGUGGACGUUCGUCAGCGUUUGGUGAAGUCGUUCAAGCUGUUUACGAUGAAGGUAGUCGUUCUGCAUCUGGAAUGGAAGUUGCUCUUGUACAAAUACAAAGCAGACAACCGACGAAUGGAAGCUUUCCCGAAACAUUGAAAGAUUUUGAAGCAGGGUUCGAUGCAAGUAAUCCAUUGUGUUUCAAUUCUGGUGCAGUUUGUGAAACAUCUGAAAUAAAGCGUAGGACUGAAGUGUACAAGUUUGGCAUGAAUUCCGGAAUCACAAGAGGAAGCUUUGACUUACAGGGUGCCGCCUUACGUAAAGGUCAAAUGCAAGGACAUCAGGGCUUUGGUUUUAAUCUAAAGAAUCAAAUGGUAGUUCUUCAAAUAGGAAAGAACCCCUUUGCCGAACGUGGAGAUUCUGGCGCGUUAGUAUUGAUUGAAGGAGAAGAGGAUUCAAUUGCUAUUGGUAUUGUUGAAGGGGGGAUGAAUGGUUGCGUGUUUGUCACGCCAUUAUGUGAUAUUCUAAGAGCCGUUGGUUGUACGGAAUUAAAAAUGCACCGAUUCACGCCGCCGACAUGUACACAAAGUGUCUCUGACUCGGGAGUAGGAAUGGAAAUGUCUUAAUUAUUUUUCUGUUAACUUCUGGUUCCGGAAAAACCUUUUUUCCGCCAUGGCACAAACAAACCUGACUAGAACCCGAAAAUAUCUAUAGACAAUAUGGUUAAUUAUGUUCAAAGAGGAGGUGUUACAUUGAUUUGGUGAUGCAGCCAGAAGCUGCAUUCAGGAAACGUCGUUCUUUCUUGUUUAUCAUUUUAAUUAGUAUUUCACAAUAAUCGGAUCUGAAAAUUCUAAUUUAUAUACAUGUAUACAGUCAUGUGUACAGUCAUGACGUUAUAUGCAUGUCUUUCUGUAUGUGUGCGGGUAGUGAGGGUGUAUUAUUAAUCGAAUCCUUCAUACAAUUGUUAAUUAGAUAACUAUAUAACUGAUCAUCAUAUUUGCUAUUAAAAUUCUUGUGUUUCAUUUUAGUAACAAGGUUUCAUUUUCCUUCAUGUACAUUAGUUUUAAUUUUUGAUAUAGAGUAAAUUUUUUUAUUCUGUUCCCUUGUAGAUAUUUUACACUUUAUCUUGGGAUUUUCGAACUUCAAGAUCCUAAGAGGUAAUUAGGAUCUACAGAUUGAUAUUUUAGAUAAUCCUUAAUUACUUAUCAUUUCGUCAUGCAUUGUAUUUUAUACAGAACUAUUUGUAUGUUAACAUUUACUUUGGAAGAAUUAUGGCAGAUGAUAAUGUUAAAUGCCUUAUUUUUAUGUUCUACACUGCUGACAUCUUUAUACAUGUAUGUAUUUUAUGUUUAUAUGUUGAUUAUUUAUUAAUUUGUUGUCCUCAUGGGUCUAUAAACUUAUAAAAUUUACUUGAAUACAAUCUAAAAUUCUUUUUUCAUAAACGUACAUCAAGUUUAUAGGAACGAAAAAAGAGUUGUAAUGUAAAAUCAAAAAUAAUCUUCAAAUAAUUAAGGUAUAAGGUGUAUUCUAAACUUAUCUUACAUUUUUAUUAUGUUUUUGACAUAAAUACACAAAAAAGCAAAGGCAUAUCAGUAUGUUAUUACGCAAAUGUUUAAGUUAAGUUAUUUCAGUUAUACAUAUGAAAGAAAUACUUUCCCCAACUUUACUGUUUGAUUGAAUCUUAGAAAUAUUGAUAUUUAAACUAAAUUUUAUCUGAUAUUGAUUUUAUAUAGUUGUCACUGUUUAUGUUGAUAUUUUUCUGUUGAUAUUGUUUUGCUAACAGCUUAUGCUAAUAGCUUAAAUACCUAGUGCAGUUGCACUUCAUUUAUUAUUCAACAAUACCGAAAGGAAUAAGUGUUUGUUACCAGUGUCCGUGCAGUGUUACCCGGCUCUGUAAUGUUUGCUGACUGACUAUAUUUUCAUUUGAAAUCCUCAAAGUGGAUAAUAAUAGUUUCUAAAGGGAAAGUUGGACUCGAUCUUGGGGAUUUUGUAUUUCUCUCCAUUUUGUGAGAAAUUCAGCAGGUUAUUAAAUUAAGUUUUUAGUUAUUAAACGAUUCCUUAGCCAUAUCGCUUUGAACAUGUGUCUUUUGAAAUAUAUCCAAUUUAACUACUUUACAAAUGAUUUUUGUAUCACAGAAAUCACGCAACGUUUAAGAGCAUGUAUGCAUAUUAUACUUGUUUGCAAAAGGUAGUUUAAUAUAAGAUUUUUCUCUGUAACAUGAUGUCUGAUUAAUGUUAAGUUGCUAUAAGUAUAUAAAUAACACAUAUUUUAUAACAGUACAAGUAUUAUCCCAAGGAAAAUAUUUUUAAACAACGUGUUCGUGAUAAUGAUUUUCAGUUAUAGCUGGAGCGUUAAGAAAAUUGAACUCGUGUAAGAUUUUUCGGAAAGAUAAUAAAACUAAAAGACAAUUAAACUUUCAAAGUUUUUUUUAUAAAUUGUUACAAUCAUGAAUAUAAAAAAGCUCUAUAUAACUAAAAGUUGUGUUUCCUGUUGGUCGAUGUUUGUCUACUUAGUAUAUUUAUGGCAUGUUCGUAAAUAUAAAGAUAGAAAAUGAUGCUGAAAAUUUUGGUACUUGAUUUAUUACAACACAAAUAGCAGUUGGUGUUAAUUAGUUUGUUUUGUUUUUUGUUUUGUUCUACUUUUAUUUAUUUCUUGUUUAUGCACAUGUAUUCAUGUUCACUUUGACCUUUUGCCUACUAAAUUCCGAAAUAAAGUUUCCUCUGUAUUGAAAUGUUAUACAUCUUAUAUUCAUUUCGUUUUUAUACACGUUUCUUAUUAUUUAUUCAAAUGUUUGUCUUUGAGAAUUAUCUGUGAUAUUUUUAUGUGAUAGUAAUAUAUUUUCUUCAAUUGUUGACUUUUUUCACAAAUGUUGAUAAGGUACUCAAGUAAUUUGGUUUACAAAUUAUUUUUGAUUAUCUUAAAAAAGAAUAGUUGAAAACAUAUCAUCUAUCAUUAUACAGGUUUUUUUCACGCUAUCAAGGACAAAAACUCCAAUCACUGUAGCAGCAAAACCUAAUAAUAAUCAUUAUUAAAUCUAUAUUCUUACACAUUACACUUCUUUUCAAAUGACUGCCAUUCUUCUUCCAACACCUUAGGAGAUGAAUCAAAAUAAGUAUUUUAUACUUGUUUUCAUAUCCGAUUCCAAAAUGUAUAAGA